AUGCCCCGUGAAAAUCGAAAACGCGGCAAAAAACACAAGAAACAGAAUGAAGAUGAAUCAAAAUACAACCAGGAAUCUGCACCUCAAUUAGAAACGCGCGAAGAACCGUCGUGGAUCGUACCUGCUCAGGACAAUUUCGGUGAAUUCAAUCCUGAAGCGCCAUUCGGAUACGUCGAUGCAGAUGUCAAAGCGUAUUUCAGGACGGUGGAUAUACAAAUACGUGAUUGGCAAGAAUCCCAGCAUGAUACAGGAGAGGGUGACGGUGAUUUGGAUCCCAAUGAACAACGGAGAUUAUUCUUUAUCGCUGCUCUAUCAGAAAUGCGUGGCAAGGAGAAGCAGCUGGCUACAGACCCGGAUUGCUCUGUCAUCAUAGAGAGAAUGUCAUAUUCUAUGGAUGAUUUUGUUCGAAGAGUUUUUGUCGAUACUUUGUCCGGUUCGUAUGAAAUACUUCUGAAGCACAGAUUUGCUUCGCAUGUUUGCCAGACGCUUUUCACGGUGGCUAAGGAUACCAUUUCGAGAGAGAUGCGAGGAAUCAUGCCUACAGUGCCAGACUCUGAAGAAGAAGGCGAACUUCGUACUUUAAAGCAGUUGAUUUUGGAUAUUUGCGAGGAACUACUUCCAUCUUUCCACACCCUCAUUAUGGAUCCCUUUGCCUCUCAUGUUGUCCGCAGCUUACUUCUCCUUCUCUCUCCUAAUCUAUCCACAUCUGAUGAAAGUUCGCAAUCCGCUGUUCGAUCGAAGAAAAGCGCAGCAUGGAAAGCAAGGCAAGGUCAGAUGAAGUCUGUCUUUUCCGAUGGGCAAGGAAAGGGAAAGGAGACGAUACGGAGCGCUCCCGCCGAAUUUCGGCAAAUGGCACGUCGUUUCGUGGAGACUGUCAGAGAACAUCUCGAUGAUAAUGAAACGCGCGCCAUGGCUGCCAGCAAAGUCGCGUGCCCUGGGUUACAGAUGCUCCUGGAAGUGGAAGCUGAUCAAGACCUGGCCAAUCAACCUGGUUCUCUGAUGGAUAGGGUGAUGGUGGGCGUUAUCACAGCGUGCAAAAAUGAUUCCACGGCCGACAUCGAAGAGUCGGAUUAUCUGGGAACUCUUCUCCGCGAUGUCAACUCAUCUCAUCUGCUUGAAACGAUUGUUUCGCGCUGUCCAGAUGAUGCUUUCAAUGCGCUGUGGAAGACUUAUUUUAAGGGCAAACUCGCACGAUUGGCUGCUCAUCCUGUGGCUAAUUUUGUACUGGCUAAAGCGCUGGAAAGAGUCUCUGAGAGCCAACUGACGACGAUAUUUGAGGAGCUUGAUGCGACCUGGAAUAAGCUUAUCAGAACAUCAAGAACUGGUGUUUUGCGCGCACUCAUCGACAGAGUUUCGCUCCUUGGAUCAUCAAAUCAACCGAUAUCCGAAAUUGUUUAUUCAGCAUUUAAUAUCACAACUUCAGAAGAGAAAGCCCUCCUUGUUCCAUGCGUUCUGACACUCUUACCCCUACCCGACUACCAUAUUGCACAUGCCGAGAAAACCAAAACCGAAGAGACCUCUCACCAACAUCACCACAAAUCCCGCACUGUCCAAGACCCACUGGAACCCAAAAUCCAAGGUAGCGUCUUGAUGCAAUCGAUACUUCGACUGCCUGAAGGCCACAAUCAAUUUGCUAUCGAUGGAAUACGCGAAUUAUCGAUCGACGACCGCAUAAAAAUCGCACAUAAUUCUUCUGGUUCCCGGGUUUUUGAUGCACUCCUUGAGUCGCCGACUGUUACCCCUAAAAUGAAGAGACAGUUUGUCAUAGACUUCAUCGGCCACUACCAUAAAUUAGUGGAUGAUAAACUAGGCAGUCGCGUAGGCGAUCGCUGUUGGUCGUACUCUGACACCUAUCUCAAGGAAAAAAUCGCCAGAUCACUAGUGUCCCAAGAGCAGGCGCUUGCUGCAUCGUUCUAUGGCAAAUUCUUUGCCAGAAACUUGAACCUCUACUUGCUUCAGCGCCGUCCGGACGACUGGCGAAACCUCCAAUCUGAGCGGAAGAAACAGGAGGAACAAGAAAAGAAAAUCACCGUUGGUCCCACUGUGAUGCCACCUAAAACAACACAGCCAGACCUUGCGGAGGAAGCCGUAACCCCAGCCAAACCUUUUGAAAGCCGGAAACGCAAAUCACGUCCUGAAAACGAAAUUGACGCUCUUUUCAACGAGAAGUUGGGCAAGAGAGUCAAGAAGGGUGCUUUGGGUGAUGCGAUUGCCCUGGCUCCAUCUCCUGAAAAGUUGAAGAAGGAUGUAAAAGAUGAAAAGAAUCUAGGCGAAGACAAGGAGCUUCAGCAGGUUCUGGGUGCCAUCCGGCCUUUGCUUCAGCGAGACAGUCUACGGACAUUCCGUCAUAGUGAACAUGCGACGCGCAUCAUCCUUCAGGGCCAACGAAGAAGUUAUGUCCAGGCGGGCGAACGUAAUUCUAUUGGGGCAUUCACUCCGACGGCUGCCGCACUCUUCAUCUUGACUGGUGUUGGACUGGCCUAUUAUUUCCGGCAGGAAAAGGUACGGCUUGAAGAAGAACGAGAAAAGGAACGAGGAUUGAAGUCCUAUGGCAGACCAAGUGUCGGAGGGCCCUUUAAUCUGGUUAGAGAGGACGGGAAACCGUUCACGGAAAACGAUUUAAAAGGGAAAUGGUCGUUGGUGUAUUUUGGCUUCACGAACUGCCCAGACAUCUGCCCCGCAGAGCUAGAUAAAGUUACCGCAGUUCUUAACAACAUUCAAAAAGAAUACGGUGACAUCUUCCUUCCCAUCUUCAUCUCUGUGGACCCUGCUCGCGAUACCCCGGCACAAAUUUCACAAUACCUGAAAGAUUUUCACCCAUCCUUCAUUGGCCUCGUUGGUGACUACGCCAACAUCAAAGCCGUCUGUAAAUCCUAUCGCGUCUACUUCUCAACGCCUCCCGACGCCGACCCGAAAGGCGACUACCUCGUCGACCACUCUAUUUUCGUCUAUCUUAUGGAUCCUAAUGGCCAAUUUGUAGAAGCAUUUGGACAAAACGUUGGUGCUGAGCAUAUACAAUCCAAGAUCGGUGAGGCGAUUGAGGAAUGGCAGAAGGAAACAGGAAAAAGUGUCUGA